AACUCAUAUCAAACCCCAGCAAAAGAAGUUCCUUGUAGAAUCUCUCUCUUAUUUUCUUUCUUCUUCUGACUUUCUCUCUCUAUCCAUCCGUAUCUAUCAAAAAAACCCCAAAAUUGGCUUAAUUAGGUUAUUUGUUUUUACUUUUAUUUUAUUUCUCUGUUCUUCCCUUCUUCUUCGAAUCGAAAUACACAUCUCAGUGUCACCCAAUCAAACUCAACCGAGUGCUUUUCCCUCUCUUUAGGGUUCGUCUCCACAGUCAUUUUCUUCUCCGAUUUCCCAUUCAAUCUUUCUAGGGUUUCAUUUCAUCCAUUGAUGUAAAAGCAUAAGAGAAUUUCUUCCAAGAUUUGUUGUUUUGUUUUGAUUUUUGGAUUCGGUGCAUUUGGAUAAAGGUGUUUCUCUACUGAUUGGUCGAUCCGCGAAUGGAAGCUCGAGAAUCAUCGUCAUCCGCAUCGGCGGUAGCGAAUCGGGAUGGGACUUCUUCGGCGGAAGACGACGCUGUUCUAUCUGUUGCCGCUGCGCUUUCUAAGGACGCUGCUUUGCACUUUCAGUCGGGGAAGUUCGCCGAGUGCGUUGAUGUCUUGAACCAGCUCUUACUCAAGAAACCGAACGAUCCUAAGGUUCAUCACAACAUUGCGAUUGCGGAAUAUUUUCUAGAUGGUUGUUCAGAUCCAAAGAGGUUGCUAGACAAACUCAAUAAUGUAAAGAAGAGGAGUGAAGUACAUGCACAAACAUCCGGAGAUCAGGUUGAAGGCAUUGUUGGAAAUAAAGCUCUUUUAGGGUCUAAGGGAUCUAAUAUGUUGGCACAUCCAUUUUCUGCUUCUAGUAGUCCCAGUGUUGUUUACAUGGACGAAUUCGACACUUGUGUUGCAACCCUUAACAUAGCUGUUAUCUGGUUCCAUUUACAUGAAUAUGUGAAAGCAUUGUCAGUUCUUGAUCCUCUAUAUCAAAAUAUUGGACCAAUUGAGGAGACAACAGCUCUUCAUAUUUGCCUUUUGCUGCUGGAUGUUGGGCUAGCUUGCCAUGAUGCACCAAAGUCAGCUGAUGUUUUGGUAUAUCUAGAAAAAGCUUUUGGUGUUAGCUGUACCAGUCAAAGUGACAAUGGAAGUACUGCGCCACAACCUACAAAUCUAGUUUCAAAAUCUUCCUCUCUUCCUACCAGUUCAUUGGCUGCAGAUGCUUCUAAUUCAGAGCUAGUUGCUAAUAAUGCUUCAGAAAAAACCUUAUCAAGAACACUAUCAGAGGAAACACUUGAGAUUGAUUCUGUGUUUUCGGAUAUAGAUGUGGUACGACCAAUUGGUCUUUCAUCUUCGACUGAUCUUUUGAGAAACUUAGUUGACAGGUCCAUAUCUUCUAUUGAUCUGAAGCUUAAGCUGCAACUUUACAAAGUUCGGUUUUUGCUUUUGACUAGAAGUCUAAAGCAAGCUAAGCGCGAAGUCAAGCAUGCUAUGAACAUUGCACGUGGGAGAGACUCGUCAAUGGCUCUUCUGUUGAAGUCCCAGCUAGAAUAUGCUCGCGGUAACCAUCGAAAAGCCAUCAAGCUGUUGAUGGCUUCUAGCAAUCGGACAGACACAGGGAUAUUGAGCAUGUUCCACAAUAAUCUGGGGUGCAUAUAUUAUCAGCUUGGAAAAUACCACACAUCAUCAGUUUUCUUUUCCAAGGCGUUGAACAAUUGUGCAUCUCUUCGGAAGGAGAAGCCUCUUAAGCUGUCUACUUUUUCUCAGGAUAAUUCUCUACUUAUAAUAUAUAAUUGUGGCAUGCAGUACUUGGCCUGCAAGAAACCUAUUCUUGCUGCGCGUUGUUUUCAAAAGGCUGGUUUGAUUUUCUACAACCGGCCUCUGUUGUGGCUUAGACUUGCAGAAUGCUGUCUAAUGGCUUUGGAGAAGGGACUAUUAAAAUCCAAUUUGGCUCCAGCCGAUAGAUCAGAUGUUAUAAUUUAUGUUAUUGGAAAGGGAAAAUGGAGGCAACUUGCUUUAGAAGAGGGGAUUUUGAGAAACGGAAAUGUGGAUCUUGAGAGAGGUGAUUUAUUACUUGGUAGUGAUGGUCAGCCAAAACUCUCAUUGUCUCUUGCCCGACAGUGUCUUCAUAAUGCCCUGUACCUGUUGGAACGUUCUGAGUCAAGCCAUCUGAAGUCCAGUUUGCCUUCCAAUUCUUCCCUGGAUGAAAAUGAAUCAACCGAAAUGGCAACUUCCAAGAACUCAAACCACAAGAACUUGCAGAGCAUGGACUCUAAGGCAUCAACAGUAGCAGUAGGCUUAAGCCAGGUUAAUGCAAAUGGGGAUGCGAAAGAGCAAAAGGGAGGAACAACUCAAGAGCUUGUGCAGAACUCGCUCACCUACUAUGAAGAUAUCCGUAGAAAGGAAAAUGCUUUGAUCAAGCAAGCUCUAUUAGCUAACCUGGCGUAUGCUGAGUUGGAAAUGGGAGAUCCCAUUAAGGCCCUUUCAACUGCAAAGUCUCUUCUGGAGCUUCCAGAAUGCUCUAGAGUUUACCUGUUUCUAGGUCAUAUAUUUGCUGCAGAGGCUCUAUGCUGGUUGAACCGGCAAAAAGAAGCUAUUGAUCAUUUAUUAGUAUAUGUGUCUGAAGGAAGUGUUGAAUUGCCAUUCAGCCAAGAGGACUUUGAACAACGUAAAGUGGAUAGGACUGUUGAUUGUGAAGACAUAAAUGGGGGAUCAGCAAAUGCCAAGAACUCUUCCCCUCAAGAUUUUGAAGGUAUUGUGUUCCUCAAGCCAGAAGAGGCACGUGCAGCUCUUUACAUUAAUUUUGCCACCUUGUAUGCGAUGCAAGGCGAUUUCACCCAAGCCCAUCAGUUUGUUUCACAAGCAUUGUCCAUAACACCCAACAGUCCAGAAGCUACUUUGACAGGAGUUUACGUGGAUCUGGCUCUCGGUAAGUCAGAUGAAGCUAUUGCCAAGUUAAGGCACUGCAGUCGAAUCACGUUCCUUGCCGGUGGGUUAACAUCGAAUAAUUCAUGAUCCCUUGUAUUGGUCUUCCAUUCAUAAAUCUCCGAUCCACCUCUCAGUUUCAAGUUUAGUGAGUAGAGCAGCAAUCCUUUAGGAGGAUUUGUAACAUAUAUAGUUCAAUUCAGAAAAUUAAUAAAUUUUCUGUUCUUUUUUUUUCUUUUUCCUUUUUGAAAAUUUCAUAUCUAGGGCUCAUUAAUAGGUGGUGUGGCUGUGUUUUGGUUAGUGCGGAAGCCCACCUUUUGAUAUUUGAGGUGUAGUUCUGAUUCGGGUCAUUGUGUUUUAGUACCUAAUUCAGUUGGUUCAAAAAAUGCUGAGAAUAUGUGCUCUUCCUGGGAAGGGGACUGAAAAAAAUUAUUCAUUCUGGAUUUGAAUUCCAAGUCAUUUCCUUCUA